UUUAAUGGUUUAUGCGUACUCGUCAAAUCUUUCCGUUACGUACAUGUUGGGUUGUGUAUAAUGUGUGUGUGUGUGUGUGUACGGUUUUGGGUUUGUGUGUGUGCGGGUAUACAGCUUUGUUUCCUCUACAGGGUCGGAGUGGUCAUUGUUAUCAGUUUCGGAUCGUUUUCAGGCUACUGAAUUAUAACAACUUUGUGAUUCAUAUGAGUCUUUCUGAGGUUCACCCCAAUGGUGGGUUUUUAGUCGUUGUUCGAGGGUUUUGAGAUCAAAGGGUUUUUGUUUGAGGAAUUAGGGCUUUUGGGGUCUCCUAUGUUGCUCCGUCGAUUUUCCGGUCUGAUUGGUGUUGCUGCGAAGAUCCAUUUGAUGUCAAGUAUAGUAUUGCUUGCUAUUUGGUGAAUCGUCAGUUUAUUCCACAAUUUGUCAUUGAUUAAGUUGUUGAUUUCCAUUUGAGGAUUUCUGUUUUCUUUAGCCACCGGAUUCCGGAACAUAUGGCCGUUGUCGCGUCAAGAGGCCAUUUUGUUGUUGCUGCUUAAACAUGCAGACACAUAAUUGAUACUAUUUCAUCGUAUCAGGAUUUGUAGAGUGUAGCUCCAUAAAGCAGUAUUUUCAUCAGUGCCUGCCUUCUUGGAACACAUUUUUUGCUUUGUGGUCAACCGCUUUUGGGUGUUCUUGUACAACUGGGAGCAGAAGCUCAACUCAGUCAUUAGAGGUUCUCAUAGUCAGGCGAUGACAAAGAUUCAGUAAAGAUCUACCAUAUUCUGCCAGGAAAUGAAAUUAAUUACCUAUUGGUGUGAAGGUAGUUUUGCUUGUGAGUAGUGUCAAGGUCUUUGUCAAGGAUUGUCAUGUGACCAUACAAGUGAAGCUGGAACUUGGAAUAAUGACCAUAUACUAAGUUGUGGACUGCCUUUGUAAGAUGUUAAAAGAUAUUAUCUAGUCUCAGAUGAAUACUGAGCGGAGUUUCUGAUUGAAUCUGCAGCAGGUCAGGUUUAUGGUGGAAGCAUUUAUUCUAUGUUAGGCGGUAUGCAGUUACGCUUAGUAAUUUCUGCACACUUUACAGCUCCUUCAAAGUGGCGAGUCUGAAAGGAUAAUGAUACUUUACUUUUGAACAUUGGGAGCAAAUGGAGUCGAAGACUGUGACAACUGAUUAUCAGCCAAGCACUAGGGGUCGGAUGCUUGCUGCUGCUGGACCGGUGCUGUGGGUUGCUGUCAGCUAUGUAGACCCUGGAAAGUGGGCUGCAGCUGUGGAUGGGGGAGCUCGGUUUGGCUUUGAUUUGGCAUUGCUUGUGCUUAUUAUAAAUUGUGCUGCUAUAUUAUGUCACUACCUAUCUGCCCGCAUAGCCAUUGCCACUGGCAAAGAUCUUGCGCAGAUUUGCAGCGAGGAAUAUGAUGAUAUAAUAUGUGUGCUUUUAGGAAUUGAGGCAGAGGUCUCUAUGAUUGCUUUGGAUCUGACGAUGGUUCUGGGAACUGCUUAUGGCCUUAAUGUUAUUGUCGGAAUUGACCUAUUUAAUUGUGUUUUCUUGACUGGCUUUGAUGCUGUAGUAUUUCCAAUUCUUGCCAGCUUCCUUGGAAACCCAAAGGCAAAGUUCUUGUCCAUAUGCUUGGCAAGCUUUAUAUUAGUAUCUUAUUUUUGUGGAGUUCUGCUAAGUCAACCUGAGAGCUCUGUGACCAUGGGUGGGAUGCUUAAUAAGCUGAGCGGAGAAAAUGCAUAUGCACUGAUGAGUCUCCUUGGGGCAAAUAUUAUGCCUCACAAUUUUUACCUCCAUUCCUCUAUUGUACAGCAAGAUCAGGUGCAAACAAAUGUUUCUAAAGUGGCGUUGUGUCACGAUCAUUUUUUUGCCACUUUGUGCAUCUUCAGUGGAAUUUUUCUGGUCAACUGUAUGCUGAUGAACCUAGCAGCUAAUGUGUUCUAUAGUAGUGGACUUGUUUCGCUCACUUUACAGGAUGCACUGUCAUUGUUAGAACAGGUAUUUAGGAGCUCAAUAGCUUCAAUUUCAUUGUUAGUUGUUAUGUUUUUCUCCAGCCAAUUAAUAGCACUAACAUGGAGUCUUGGAAGACAAGUGGUUGCCCAAGAUUUGUUCAGAUUGGAGAUUCCUGGAUGGCUUCAUCGUGCUACGAUCAGAAUAAUUGCCAUCAUUCCAGCCCUCUAUUGCGUCUGGAAUUCCGGAGCUGAAGGUAUAUUUCAACUCCUGGUCUUUACGCAGGUCGUGAUUGCCCUUCUGCUUCCAUCUUCUGUGAUUCCCCUAUUUCGAGUCGCUUCGUCCAGAUCAAUCAUGGGCCCCUACAAAGUUUCUCGUCUGGUGGAAUUCUCAGCUUUAGUCUCCUUUGUGGGGAUGCUAGGACUAAAAAUUGUCUUUGUCAUAGAAAUGAUAUUCGGCAGUAGCGAGUGGGUUAGUAGUUUAAAAUGGAAUAUUGGGAGUGCUGUGCCUAUUCCAUAUCUUACUCUUCUGAUGGCCGCUCUAGCAUCCCUCUGUUUGAUGCUUUUGCUGGCAACCACUCCACUGAAGUCCGCGAGCCCUGGAACAAAUAAUCGGGCAAUGAAGUGGGAAGAAAAAUCCGAGAUGCCUGAGUCAGCUAUAGAGAGGGUCGGAACCGAAGUCACUGAAGUCCCAUAUCGAUCUGAAAAGGCUAUGGAGCAGCAGGAACCUGAAUUAUCAUUGAAGAAAUCCAUUAGAAACUGUCAGACCAUAUCAAUUCUGAGUCCUGAUCUGAGUUCGCCUGAAACGCUUGCGGAUUCUGAGAGCAAUCUUUGUUUGACUAUGAUUCAGGAGAAUAAAUCUGAGAUCACAUUUUUGAAGCCUGCCAUAGGCAAUCCUGAGGCAACUGGAACCCUCUCAGAAGGAGCAUUGGCUGGGGUGAACGAGGUUGUUAAAAGUGAAUUACUGGAUGCCAGCACCUUGAGCGAUGGGGGAAAAGACAUGGUUGAAAAGACAUUGGAAAUAGAGGGACAUGUGAGGAAUGAGAGGGACGGUGACUCACGUGCUUGGGAGGCUGAAGAGUUGACUAAAGAUGUUUCUGAGAGCAACCAGUCUUUGACAUCGGAGGGUUCUGAAUCAUUUAGAAGUCUUAACUGUAAAAUUGACAGUGUGGGAAGUGGUGGAGGAAGUCUCUCAAGAUUAGCAGGAUUAGGCCGUGCUGCAAGGCGUCAGUUAACUGCAAUCCUUGAUGAGUUCUGGGGGCAGUUGUUUGAUUUCCAUGGGCAAGCAACACAGGAAGCAAAGGCCAAGAAACUGGAUGUUCUGCUGGGGGUUGAUUCCAAGGUAGAUUCUAAAUCUUCUUUUCAAUCUGUUAAAUUGGAGGGUGCCAGUAAGCAGUCUACUGGAUAUAUCCCUUCUACUGGUGGAAGAGGAUCUGAUUCUUCUAGAGUUUCAAGUUUUUGCAAUCCCUUGAAGCAGCAUUAUGGACAGAGCAAUAUUGGAUUACCUCUUGGGAUGCAGCAAAGAUCAUCAAUUUCCUCUAACCACAUGCAACUAUUAGAUGCAUAUGUGCGAAGUUCCGGCCACAAUAUGCUCGAGUCCGGUGAGAGGCGCUAUUAUAGUGUACAUGUUCCAUCAACUUCUGAUGGUUAUGAUCAGCAACCAGCAACCAUUCAUGGUUAUGAUUUGAAAUCAUAUCUGGGUCGAAUGGUUAAAGAAGAAGGUUCCGAAUGUCGGAAAGAUCAACUGGAUUCACUAAUGCAAAACUCCACACCCUCAAUCAAAUCAGAAUCUGUGUACUCAUAUGGUAGGCCGUUGGGGCAGAAGCCACAUAGUGGAUCACGGACUCUCACUCCUCCUGGUUUUCACAAUGUUCCUGUUUCCCGAAACAGUUCAUUGAAAUCUGAAAGACCCUUCCAGAAUCUUUACACUCCUGAACCUGUGGGUCUCCCUAAUACCUCGCCCAAUGAGAGGAAAUUUUAUAGCUUGCCAGACAUAUCAGGACUUUAUAUCCCCCAACGAGACUCCUCUUUGUCUGGAAACAGCUCUCAGCGUGAUAAACCUAUGAUUUAUGGUCAGUCCAUUAAUCACCCAGCUCGCAAGCAACCAUGUCUGAGUGCUGCGACAUUAUCUGGUACUGCUUUGGGAUUUAAUGGACCCCCUUCUUCAGAGUUUCAUAGAGAUGCUUUUUCUUUGCAUUUCAAUUCUAGCUCAGCUGGUUCACUGUGGUCUAAGCAGCCGUAUGAACAGUUUGGUGUGGCUGAUAAAUCUCCUUCAGUCCAGGAAGCUGCGUCAGUCGUGGAUAUAGAAGCAAAACUUCUCCAGUCUUUCAGAAGUUGUAUCAUAAAACUUCUGAAGCUGGAAGGAUCUGAUUGGUUGUUCGGACAAAAUGAUGGGGCUGAUGAAGACAUUAUAGAUCGCGUAGCUGCAAGGGAGAAAAUCUUGUAUGAAGUUGAAACUAGGGCUCUAGACAGAAAGAUGCAAAUGGACGAGGCAGACCAAUCAAACUUUAUGCCAGUUCCUAAUUGUGGUGAGGGAUGUGUUUGGAGAGUAGAUCUUAUUAUAAGCUUUGGAGUUUGGUGCAUCCACAGGAUUCUUGAUCUUUCGCUCAUGGAAAGUAGGCCGGAGCUGUGGGGGAAAUAUACCUAUGUACUCAAUCGUCUUCAGGGGAUUAUUGAUCCGGCCUUUUCGAAGACUCGUUCUCCAAUGGCUCCUUGCUUCUGCCUUCAGCUUACUGUUGGAGAACAGCCAAAGCCGAGUCCACCCAUUUCAAAUGGGAGCUUACCUCCGCACUCAAAACCUGGCCGCGGAAAAUUCACGACAGCAGCAAUGCUGUUAGACAUAAUCAAAGAUGUAGAAAGUGCUAUAUCCUGUCGUAAGGGUCGAACAGGCACUGCAGCCGGCGAUGUAGCUUUUCCCAAAGGGAAGGAAAAUUUGGCAUCCGUACUCAAGCGAUACAAACGUCGUUUGUCAAAUAAGCCAGUUGGGUCUCAGGAAAUCGGGCAUGGGCUGCGCAAGAUAGCAGUAUGACCUCCUCAGGGAUUGUAACUUUAAUCCAGUUCCUAGAAGCUGUAGACAAAUAUGCUUAUUCGGUUGCUAGGUUUUGGAGAAAAACCCAUACUGAGCAUGAGAACUGGGCUCAGCUGACAUAAACUCGCCGGGCCUCCCAUCUCUCUUCCUUCUUGUGUAUUAAAUCUCAGUUCCUGUUUUAGUUUCUCCAUCUGCUUUGUGGUGUA